CGCGCGAUGAGCGGCAGCGCCGAGCCCGAGCCCGGCCCCGCGGCCCCGGGUGCGCCCGCGCCGCCCGCCGCCGACAGCAAGCACAGCCCCGCCGGCCUGGGCUCCGGCCUGGGCGCCGGGCUGCCCGGGGCGCCGCCGGCAGCGGCGGGCGGCGCGGCGCGGGGAGCCGAGGGCGGCGCGGCCGGCGGCAGAGGGCCCGCGCCCGUGUCGGCCGCCGCUCCCGCGGAGGGGACCGUUUCCAACGGCGUGUACGUGCCGGCCAGCGCGGCCAACGGCGACGUGAAGCCCGUGGUGUCCAGCACGCCGCUGGUCGACUUCCUGAUGCAGCUGGAGGACUACACACCCACGAUCCCCGACGCCGUGACGGGCUAUUACCUCAACAGGGCCGGCUUCGAGGCCUCUGACCCGCGCAUCAUCCGUCUGAUCUCUCUGGCCGCGCAGAAGUUCAUCUCCGACAUCGCCAACGACGCGCUGCAGCACUGCAAGAUGAAAGGAACGGCCUCGGGCAGCUCCCGCAACAAGAGCAAGGAUAAGAAGUACACGCUGACCAUGGAGGAUCUGACUCCAGCGCUUGCAGAGUACGGCAUCAACGUGAAAAAGCCACAUUACUUCACAUAGAGACCGAGGGGUGGUCACUGGGAACUGUUUUAGGGUCACUUCUGUGCCAUUAAACAGCUGGGUAGGGGUUUUUGUGGAAAGGCACCUUGUGUCCUGCCCCUGUGCCAGCACCCUGCCUGCAAA